AUGUCGUCGCCGACUCCUUGGCUAAGGACGGAGGCUAUGUCCUCAGUCGUGUUUGCCCUUCUGUUUCUUAGCGCAACCGGUGUCCGUGCGGACAGUUUGACAGUUCUGCAGGCUCCAGACUUUGUGUCCUUCCAGAAAGGAGACUGGCCCAUCUCUGGCGAGAAGAUCCCUGACUUGGUGGCCCUCACCAUGGGCUUCUCUGUUCAAGAGGAUCUAUUUUGGCCUGGCCUGCAAGCGGGUCCGCUGUUCCAGCGUCCCCGCGCCAACGUUUUGGUGGUGGUCCAAGGAGUUGAUACCCUUACUUUGCCUCAGAGUGUGGCCACCUACCCCUUGGAGAAUCCGGUGCCAUUCACUUUAGAUGGCGUCGCGGAGACGGUGCACUCCCUGUUUGCCGAGGACACACCUGUUGUGUUGCAGCUCGCGCCGAGUGAAGAGAGGCUUUACAUGCUGGGCAAGGCCAACGCUGUGUUCGAGGACCUGCCGGUUACCUUACAGCAGAUCCGAGGCCGCCUGUCCCAAGAUGGCUCCGUGCUGACGACUCUGCCUCUCAACUCCCUCAGCAGGAACGCAGAGGCUGAUUUGCUGUUCCUGUCCGAGAUCCAAGUCCUGCAUGAUAUCACAGCUCUUCUGCAGCGGCACAGGCACCUGGCCAAGGACCACUCGCCAGACCUUUAUUCUUUAGAGUUGUCAGGCCUGGAGGAAGUGAGUCGCAUCUACGGACAGGACUCUCCUCAAUAUCGUGACGCCAUUGCCAUUCUCUCCUCGGUUCUUCAGAAGUUUGGACAGGAUGUGUACGGUCUCUAUGGUAACAGUGCUGUCGUGGAGGUCGUGACGGUGAAGAACUUUGAAGCACCUCUCACCAGGAAAUCCCGCUCCAUUCUGGAAUCCAGACAGAUUAGCAACCCGGGCAGCCCGUACAACUUGGCCUACAAGUACAACUUCCAUUACGCCGUGGUCUUCAACAUUGUGCUGUGGCUGAUGAUCGUGCUGGCGCUUGCCGUCAUCGCCGUCAGUUACAACCUGUGGAAUAUGGACCCAGGCUACGACAGCAUCAUCUACAGGAUGACCAACCAGAAAAUCAGGAUGGACUAA